CGCAGAUGGUCGCCCCUACAGACGCUUCACACAGACAAACACCCCUCCUCCCCUCGGAUGGCUUGUCUCUGCGCAUCCCAAAUCACGUUGUGUUUCACAGUCACAGGCCCAAAGGGAGAGAUCCGCAACCAACGCGGGGAGAGGCCACAAGAAGCGAUUUCAGUGCUUUGCACAGACCCCGAACCCCGUGUGAUACAAGUGUGCGAAGUGAACUCCAUUGAGAAAAAUUUGGUUCUUUCGGAAAACGCGCUCCUCAGGCUAACAAUAUGGAGUAGCUCGAGCGGCAACAAACUCGCCUGUCAGCCGGGGCAAAACCCAUCCUCAUCAUCAGAUGUUUCAUGCGUCCCGCAAGGCCUCCUUGAAGCCGGGUAAAUAAAGUUUUUUGACAAAUACACGUGUAAUAUCGUCAUAUAGUAGACAAGGCUACAUGCAACUUGGGCAAAUCCUCGCAGGUCGCAAAACAGCUUUGUCCUCAUUCUUCCCUUGCUCGGCCGUGCUAUGACCGCCGACGAUCAUAUCAAAGUGUGUCACUGCUUGACAGAAGGGUGGGAAAAGGGGGGAACGACGCAGCGAGUCAGCCUGUUGAAAUGAUAUUGGAUCCAACCCUUUUCCAACCAAGGCGGUCGAUAAAACGCAAGACUAAUCCACUAGGGGCAGUCCUUUUCACGCCGCUUGAUGACAUUCGACUCCACGCGAUAGGCUAUUGGUACAACAACAGCUGCAAUCCUGGCUGCUAAAAAAAAAAGAAAAAAAGAAAGAAAACAAAAAAAA